AUGUCUCUGCAGAGGAUCGUGAGAGUGUCCCUGGAGCAUCCCACUAGUGCAGUGUGUGUGGCUGGCGUGGAGACCCUCGUGGACAUUUAUGGGUCAGUACCUGAGGGAACAGAGAUGUUUGAGGUCUACGGAACCCGCGGUGUGGACAUCUACACCUCUACCGGAGUGGAGAGGGGCCGGGAGCACGCAGACACCGGGCGGUGGUGCUUUAACGCGGGGUUGCAGAGCAUCAUGGUCAUGAACUCUCCCAGCAACGACCUCAGUGACAGUCACUUUGAGUUUAACAAGACCCAGCUGGAGGCAGUGUUCUGGCCCCAGGGCAGGGGGGGAUUUACAAAGUGGGAGAAGUCGGACCUGGAAGAUAUGUCUGUCAUGGUCCUGCGGACCCAAGGCCCCGCUGCCCUUUUCGACGACCACAGACUUGUCCUCCAGCCCUCCAGCUCUGAGGCCAAGUGGGCACGGGUCUUCCAUGCCUGUGGUCCCAAGGACUCAUGCGAGGCUUACAGGCACGUGCUGGGCCAGAACAAGGUGUCGUACCGGGUUCCCCGCUUCCACGGGGACGAGGCCUUCUUCGUAGAGGGCCUCUCCUUCCCUGACGCUGGAGCAAGCGGCCUGCUCAAGUCCACGGUGGUUCUUGAACCAUCCAGGCUCUGGACCCUGAGGCCAGUUUCUUUUCCCUCUGGUCUUCCCCUGCCGGAUUUCUCCGAAUCCCCCAUCUUCACUGACACCGUGGUGUUCCAUGUGGCGCCCUGGAUUAUCAUGCACAGCACCCUGCCGCCCCUGGAGGUGUGCGUGUGCCGUGCGAGGAACAACACGUGUUUUGUGGAUGCAGUGGCGGAACUGGCCAGGAGGGCCGGCUGCAAGCCGACCAUCUGCCCACAGGCCGAGAACCACAACGACCGCUGGAUCCAGGAUGAGAUGGAGCUGGGCUACAUUCAGGCACCGCACAAGACCUUCCCAGUAGUCUUUGACUCCCCCAGGAAUGGAGAACUGCAGGGCUCCCCUUACAAACGAAUCCUGGGUCCAGAUUUCGGCUACAUGACUCGGGAACCACGAGACAACUCUGUGAGUGGCCUGGAUUCCUUUGGGAACCUGGAGGUCAGCCCCCCAGUGGUGGCCAAUGGGAAGGAAUACCCCCUGGGGAGGAUCCUCUUUGGUGGCAACUUGCCUGGGUCAAGGGGCCGCAGGGUCACCCAGGUGGUUCGGGACUUCCUCCAAGCGCAGAAGGCGCGGCCCCGUGUGGAGCUCUUUGUGGACUGGUUGGCCGUGGGCCAUAUGGAUGAGUUUCUGAGCUUUGUCCCUGCCCCGGAUGGGAAGGGCUUCCGGAUGCUCCCGGCCAGCCCUAGUGCCUGCUUCAAGCUCUUCCAGGAAAAGCAGAAGCAGGGCCACGGCACGGCCCUCCUGUUCCAAGGGGUUAUUGGCAAUCAGCAGGUCAACGCCAUCACCAUCGACCAGGUCCUCUCCAAUGAAAACCUCAUCAGCUACAAUAAGUUUGUCCAGGGCUGCGUCGACUGGAACCAGGAGGUGCUGAAGCGGGAACUGGGCCUGACCGAUGGUGACAUCAUCGACAUCCCCCAGCUCUUCAAGAUGGAGAGGAGAAAGGCGGUGGCCUUCUUCCCUGACUUGGUCAACAUGCUAGUGCUGGGGGAGCACCUGGGCAUCCCCAAGCCCCUCGGACCCAUCAUCAACGGCCGCUGCUGCCUGGAGGAGAAGGUGCGGUCCCUGCUGGAGCCGCUGGGCCUCCACUGCACCUUCACUGACGACUUCACCCUAUACCACAAGCUGCACGGGGAGGUGCGCUGCGGUACCAACGUGCGCCAGCAGCCCUUCUCCUUCAGGUGGUGGAACAUGGUGCCCUGA